AUGGGGAAGGGAUGUUAUUUGGGUAACAGAGAAAAUGCUGAUGUGUUGUUAGCUGAUGUGGGCAGUUUUCAGCACAAAUCCAGGAAGGACAACUGUAACACAGUUGGAAAGCCUGAGGAUAUCGAGGCCUUUAAGAAUUACACCUUGGAGUCUGCUGCGGCCGCUCCUGCCCCACCAGCAGCCCCUGCACCGGCCCCUGCUGCUUCGCCCCCUCCACCUUCUGCUCAGGCGCCUAAAAGCUCAUACCCCACUCACAUGCAAGUACUUCUUCCUGUCCUCUCUCCCACCAUGACCAUGGGCACAGUUCAGAGAUGGAAAAAAAAAGUGGGUGAAAAGCUAAAUGAAGGAGACUUACUGGCAGAGAUAGAGACCAACAAGGCCACCAUAGGUUUUGAAGUACAGGAAGAAGGCUAUCUGGCAAAAACCCUGGUUCCUGAAGGCAUGAGAGAUGUCCCUUUAGGAACCCCACUCUGUAUCACUGUAGAAAAAGAAGCCGAUAUACCAGCAUUUGCUGACUAUAGGCCAACCGAAGUAACUGAUUUAAAACUGCAAGUACCACCACCUAUCCCCCUGCCGGUGGUGGCAGUUCCUCCAACUCCCUCACCUGCAACUCCUACACCUUCAGCCACCUUGCCAGCUGCACCUGUUGGACCAAAGGGACAGGUGUUUGUUAGCGCUCUGGCAAAGAAGUUGGCAGCCGAGAAAGGCAUUGAUCUCAUGCAAGUUAAAGGGAUAGGCCCAGAUGGCAGAAUCGUCAAGAAAGACAUCGACUCUUUUGUGCCUACAAAAGCUGCUCCUGCUCCAGCAGCUGCUGUUCCUCCUCCUCCUAGUCCAGGAGUGGCACCAGUUCCUACAGGCGUUUUCACAGAUAUACCAAUAAGCAACAUUCGCCGAGUUAUUGCACAGCGGUUAAUGCAAUCAAAACAGACCAUACCUCAUUAUUACCUUUCCAUUGAUGUAAAUAUGGGAGAAGUCUUGUUAGUAUGGAAAGAACUUAAUAAGAUGUUAGCAGGCAAAAGCAAAAUUUCUGUCAACGACUUCAUCAUAAAAGCUUCAGCUUUGCCAUGUUUAAAAGUUCCUGAAGCAAAUUCUUCUUGGAUGGACACAGUUAUCAGACAGAAUCAUGUUGUUGAUGUCAGUGUUGCCAUCAGCACUCCUGCAGGACUCAUCACUCCUAUUGUGUUUAAUGCACAUAUCAAGGGACUGGAAACCAUUGCUAAUGAUGUUUCUUUAGCAAGAAGAGCAAGAGAGGGCAAAUUACAGCCCCACGAAUUCCAGGGUGGCACUUUUACAAUCUCCAACUUAGGAAUGUUUGGAAUUAAGAAUUUCUCUGCUAUUAUUAACCCACCUCAAGCAUGUAUUUUGGCAAUUGGUGCUUCAGAGGAUAAAUUGGUACCAGCAGAUAAUGAGAAAGGAUUUGAUGUGGCUAGCAUGAUGUCUGUUACACUCAGCUGCGAUCAUCGAGUUGUAGAUGGAGCAGUUGGAGCCCAGAGGCUUGCUGAGUUUAGGAAGUACCUUGAAAAGCCAAUGACCAUGUUGUUAUAAUUAACCAGAGAAUUUCUAGACUCUCCCAGGUGACACAGGUUCAUUCUUAUCAGGAUAUUUAUAUGUCAUUAAACAGAUGGUUCUUUGAAAGUUAACCAUUUAGUUAUUUUUAUUACUGAAUAUGCCCAGAUAAGUUAUUUGUAAUUGGCAUUACAGAAUUUUUUUAAAUGGCAGUUAUAGUCAAGUGUUGUACACACUUAAUGAUUAUCAUAACACCAAAUUUUACUGUGUACUCAUAGUCAAGGGAUAUAUAGCCUAGCCCUUUGGGGAUUAAGUAUUCUCAUGAGGAAAUGUUGGAUGGGAAGAAUUGUAGCUCCUUAAAAACAUAAAAGUAACUUCUGAAACCUUGGAGUUUUAAUUGCCCAAAAUAUUCUCCUUUCGUGUGAGGGAAAGAAAAGUGAAAAAAAAUUUUCUCUUGAGGAAAGCUUGAAUUUUAAAUUUAACCUUGUUUUAAAUCAAGCUGCAAGCUUGAUUUUGGAAUUUCACAAGGUUUUCUGUUAGCAUGAUGUUGGUUUAUCCUGGAUAGGAAGGGUGGAGAACUUCAAGGAAAGUGAGAUUUUUUACAUCAGCAGUUUCAUAGACUUUUUCAACCAACUGUACUUUGUUUUUCUAUGGAUACUUAAAUGAUUUUUCUCCUUAAGAUACAAACAUAAAUCAGAUAUGUGGUAUAACUGGGAAUUUAUGUGGGUAUUUAUUUAAACUUAAGAGUGUAUUUCUGAAAGCAGAAUUUUAUAGUUACCUCCACAUAAAAGAACAUAGAGAAUUGAACCAAAAUUGUGAAAGAUUUAUAGGGAAUUUUCCAAGACCAACUGGUAGCUAGUAACAGAUGAAUUUACUCGGUAGAAUUUAUUAUUGAGAUAGUUCUGGAAAACUCUUAUCAAAUAACUAUGGGAAUAUACAGAAUAAGUGUACAUAUGUAAAAUAUGGAUGUGCCAAAGUCCAUUUGUAACUGGAUCCUGUUUGUAAAGAAGAGGGGAAGGGACACAUUGGUAACUGCCUAAGAUGGUAAGAGUGAUGUCCAUUUUGAUCAUUUCUACUUGGAUAAAUUUUUAAAAAAGGUAUUUAAAAAGUGUUUUCUAUCUUUCCAACCCAGCACUGUCCCAUGUAAAAUAAGCAAGCCCUAAAAUCUUGUUGGAAGGAAAAUCAAUUAUGUGGCUAGCUUAUCUAUCCAGCCUGAACACUUUUUUCAAACUUAUUAUUUUUGCAUU